AUGAACGGGUACCCAUACCCGCCGCCGCGGGGGCCCUUCGCGCAACAACAAAGCAAUGCGAACCCCAUCAUAGACCUGUCGGGCGACGACCUGGAUGCCGCCUUCGCCAUGGGACAGGGCCAGUCGCUCGACGACAUCGUCUCGUCCAACGACGACAAGGUGAACCGUCGCCGCAGCAUGCCCGUCUACGGCAACCAGGUGAACAUGGACAGCCCCGACUCGCGCCGCUUCUCGUCGAUGAACUUUGGCGCGCCGGCGAACGCGACCAUGGACGACUUCCAGUUCGACAUGUCCGCCGCCGGCAUGGAUGCCAUGCUGCCCACCGCGACCUUUCCGCGCACCACGGGCGAGCUGCAGAAUGACCGCGUGCCUGCCACCGACCUCGCCAUCAACACGCAGUUCUCCCAAGCCCAUGCGAACUCGCCCUUCUCCAACGUCGCAAAUGGCGGCUCCGCCUAUGCCUCUCCGCUGCAGCACAACGGAUCGCUGGAUAUGGACAUGAGCCCGUACCCAAAUGGUCUGCCCAUGUCACUCGACAUGAACGACCCCAUGGCCAUGCUGCCAAACGACAUAAACAUGUUCCCCAAUACUGCCUUCGGUCCCGCCAUGAUGAACUCCCCAGUCGCUCAAGACUUCGGUGGCCCUCAAACUUCAGCUCCGCAAGACAACAAUAUGGCUACGACUCCUAGGGAAAAUUUCAGAAGCGAAUCAUCCAGCACCACGCCCAACGUACACUCAAACAUGCCCACACGAACAAGCAGUCAAAAUCAGAAGGGGAUGCCCUCGGAUUCUCGGCCACGGAGCGACAGUAGAUCCAAUUCGCGCCACCCAUCACAAAACGCAACCCAAAUGAGCAAGCAAUCCCUGCACAACCAAGAACCAAUUCAGCUGCGUCCGGAGCAUCAAAUACCACAACAGAGGUACGACGAGGCUUCGUAUGCCAAGAACAACUUCCCGUGGGCCACGCCUCGGGGCGGAUUCCCGUCAACCAAAGACAGUAAUCCCCACAUGAAGACGCAAUUCAAGAAUGCCUACUCUUCCACCGGUUUCGAUAUGCUAGGCGUUCUAAUGAGGGUGGCAACUAGACCUAAUCCUCAAAUUGACAUAGGCUCCGUUGACCUUUCUUGCGCUUUCGUUGUUUGCGAUGCGGAAAUGGAUGAUAUCCCAAUUGUGUACUGCUCCGAAAAUUUCGAACGUCUUACCGGGUAUAGCAAGCAUAUGAUAUUGGGCAGAAAUUGCCGCUUCCUUCAGUCACCGGAUGGAAAGGUCGAGCCUGGAAUUAAGCGGACGUACGUGGAUGACGAUUCGAUUCUGUAUCUCAAGAAUACUAUAAACGACCGCGCCGAAGCCCAGAUUAGCUUGAUCAACUACCGGCGGGGUGGACAACCGUUCAUGAAUCUGCUAACCAUGAUCCCAAUCGCGUGGGAACCAGGAGGUAAUACAAAAUUCUUCGUAGGCUUCCAGGUCGAUCUUGUCGAGCAGCCGCAAUCAAUGACCAACAAGAAUCCCGACGGAUCAUACCGGGUCAACUACCAACGUGGCAUGUCUAUGCCCAGCUACGUUUUCACUGAUCAUAAAGCACUACCCGAGCAGCAUGGCACAACUAUUUCCAAAGAUGAGGUCUCCAACGUCUUAGCCGCUUACGGCUCCACAGGUGAUUCCGAGAUUACACGACGACUAUGGGAUAAGAUAUUACUGGAGAACACCGACGAUGUCGUUCAUGUCCUAUCACUCAAGGGGCUGUUCCUCUACCUGUCUCCAUCCAGUAACCAGGUUCUCGAAUACGAUCCGAGCGAGCUUGUCGGCACGGCCCUGUCUUCUGUGUGUCAUCCUUCCGAUAUUGUUCCGGUCACUCGGGAGCUCAAGGAAACAAGCAACGGUGCGUCGGUCAACGUCGUCUUCAGAAUCAGGCGGAAGAAGAGCGGCUACAUGUGGUUCGAAGGACACGGCUCGCUGCACACCGAGCAAGGCAAAGGACGCAAGUGCAUCAUACUGGUCGGGCGAGAACGGCCAGUCUACACGCUCAGCAAGACAGUGUUACGUGCAUCUGGAGGUAUCGGUGACAACGAGUUGUGGACCAAGCUAUCCACAUCUGGGAUGUUUUUGUUCGUCUCAGCCAACGUCCGCUCCCUGAUCGAUAGGCAGCCCGAAGAACUCGUAGGCACCAGUAUCCAAGCGUUGAUGCGUCAAGAGUCUAAGCAACAGUUUGGUAAGAUUCUGGAGCUGGCACGGACGGGACGAAAAGGCGAAGUCAAGCACGAGGUGAUCAACAAGCGAGGCCAAGUCCUGCAGGCUUUUACGACCGUUUACCCCGGCGACGCCACCGCAGGUCACAAACCUACCUUCCUGGUUGGUCAGACGCGCCUACUUAAAUAUUCGAGGAACGCGGCCGCGCAGCGACCUGCGCUAUACCAGAACAAGGCUCGCGGAUCGGAUGAGUCAGGCAUGUCACUCGUCUCCAUGAAUACAGCUACUUCCCACCAACAACAAUCUCCUUCAGGGAGCGCUACGCCGCAAACUAUGUCAACUGACCCGCGUUAUGCGAACACAGAGGAACAAGCUGCAACUUUCGCAGGCUCCAAUGGUCUCACCCUUGGCCACCAGGAUCAGUCGUUGGCGUCGGAAGACAACGUCUUCGAUGAGCUCAAGACUACCAGAAGCACGAGUUGGCAGUAUGAGUUACGCCAGAUGGAGAAACGGAACAGGUAUCUCGCAGAAGAAGUUCAGAGUCUUCUGGCUGCCAAGAAGAAGCGAAAGCGAAGAAAGGGUGCCGGACAGCUACAGAAGGAUUGUGCAAAUUGCCACACAAGGACCACUCCGGAGUGGAGACGCGGACCGUCGGGUAACAGGGAUUUGUGUAACUCUUGUGGUCUGCGUUGGGCUAAACAGCAAGGUCGUGUCUCUCCAAGAACAUCCUCUGCACAUUCUGUUGUCAGCGAUAAAAGCAAGAAGAGCGCGUCACCGAGGCACACACUGUCUAAUGUACAGAACGUCAUUCCCGAGAGUGGUCACCAGUCCUCAACCCAAGACAAGAACGGACAAUUCGACAACAGUUCUAACCCACAUGCAGCGAAAGUCGCACGCAUGGAAGUCGCUGCAUCGCAGGGCUACAACGUCAACCCCGCCAUGGACAUACCACCCAAAAUCGAAGAAGGCAUCGAACCGGAUUGA